GUUAACCACGUUGUUGCAGGUGCCGUGUAGAGCUGCGAGCCAAGUGCGCGAGUGAGUUAGUGUAGUGACCGGGCAUGUGGCGGUGAAGCGAUGCGCGACCGGGGCCGCGCCGCGGCGCUCGCGCUGCUGCUGCUGACGCACUUCUCUCCAGUGACAAGUGAUGUCGCCGGCGGCGCGCCGAUAAACUCUCUCCCGGGCGGCGGCGCCGCUCGCCUCGCGCCGUCUUUUGACGCCGCCACGCCGAGAAACGUCACAGCACUAGUGGGCAAGUCAGCGUACCUGAGCUGCCGCGUGCGCAACCUUGGGAAUAGAACGGUAUCGUGGAUCCGUCACCGGGACCUCCACAUCCUGACCGUCGGCGGCUACACGUAUACCUCCGACCAACGGUUCCAAGCUACACACUCGCCGCAGACCGACGACUGGACGCUGCACAUCAAAUGGGCUCAGCAACGCGACGCUGGCGUCUACGAAUGUCAGGUCUCGACGCAGCCCGUGCGAUCGUUCUUCGUGACGCUGCACGUCGUUGAUUGCGACGAAAUCUACCAGCGGAUGUUUUCUGACGCAGUGCCAUCAGCACGCAUCCUGGGCGGGCCCGAUCUGCACGUGGACAUGGGAUCCACCAUUAACCUGACCUGCCUCAUUCAGUUCAGUCCUGAGCCACCCGCCUACAUCUUCUGGUACCACGAGGACGAGCAGGUUAUAUCGUAUGACUCGUCCCGCGGCGGCGUCUCCGUGGUGACGGAGAAGGGGGCGGCCACCACUAGCUAUCUCCUGGUGCAGGACGCAGCCCCGGCUGACUCCGGUCGGUAUUCCUGCUCCCCAUCCAACGCUGAGGUCGCUUCAGUGCGUGUUCAUGUGCUCAAUGGCGAACGGCCAGCAGCAAUGCAGACAGGCUCCGCCGGUCUCUCCAACAGCUCGCACUGCAUCGCGGCGCUGCUGGCGCUGGCGGCGCUGCACGCACGCUGGCUCCGCGCGCGGCUCGACAGCUGAUCACCGCGCGGCUGAGCUCGGCCGUUGUAACAUAAAACGUCAUUGUAAAAAACAUAGGUUAGCGUCUGCUGAAUUUUAGGUUAAGACUGGGAUAUGUGGUUUAAAACCUG